GUAAACUCCGGCCUGUUGUGUAUCAUAAUACCGUAGCGUGCACACGCGGGUGCUAACGGGGUUAGCGUGCGUCCUCGCGCUAGCGGCCGAGUCGCACUGUUCAACUGAAUGCACCUUCGCCUCCUGUCUUCACCGAGGCCUCGCAUAUCCGUCCGUCUUCCGUGUCUGAGAUGAGAAGAUGAUGAGAUUUUUGGGAUACGGUCAACAAAAUACUAUCACGCAGCAGCGGGACGCGUCGCAGACUCCAUGAACGACGACGCGGUACGUGUUUUUCGGGAUAUCUCAUGAGCGUGAUCGUUCAUUAGAGAUCUAUCGAUCUGUCACAUUGCGUGGUCCGCGGUGGUACAGUGACGGCGCUCCAAGUGCUCCAAGCGACAGAUGAGUGAUAGUGCGAACACGCGAGUUUUACCACGGCAACGAUUCAUGAAAAUAACGUUCGAUUGAAAAAUUAAGGAAGACAAUUACAUCGAUUCAGAAUAUUUAAUACUUGUCCGAUAAGUGAUACGAGUGGAAUUAAUACCGCGCGAAGAGAGGACUUAAUGAUAACACAGAAUAAAUGCAGAAAAAUAUAACUUGGAAAAAUAAUGGCACACUCUUAGAAUAAACUUUUAACGUUCAAGGAACACGUUAUUUCUUAUUUAUAUAUUUUAAUAGAUUAACGAUUAUGAUUUUCUAUCUAUAGUGAAUUGAGAAGAAAGACUACAAAAGUGGCUUAUAAUUCGAAAAAGAAAGAAAAUAUAACCGCUAUCUAAAAAUCAGUUCAGAAUUUCAAGAGAAAAUAAUUCGGAGCGAAAAGUGAUGGACAAUAGAAUAGAAAAUAAAAGACUGUGUAAAAUAAGAUUUUAAAUACAAGUGUCACUUCCAAAUAUAACGAGAAAGCGACACUCCCUUUAUAUAACAUCCACGAAGAAUAACAAUUGUGUGAAUCAGACGCUAACAACGGCUUCGAGAAACAUGUGUUUUACAGGAUCGCCUCUGGAGGAAUAGUGACGUUAUUGUAGAGAGAACAAUUACCCCUUUGCUCCAAUCAGAACAAAGUGUUUCGAUCGCGAUCGUCGUCCGUGGAUCGUACCGAGAGCGGGUGCGCGAAGAUGCACACGCUCUUCAGCGAGCAGAAUGCGUACUAUCGGCACGCGGCGACGGUGCCGAUGGGCAUGGGCGCGCCGUCGUACCCGACGGUGGGCGCUCCCGGGAGUUAUUACGAGCAGUAUCGGUACGGCGGCUACGCGACGGCUACAGGAUACCCAGUGUCGGGUAUCGGCCAACAGCACAUUCAUCACGCUGGCAAAGAUAUGGUAAAGCCACCUUACUCGUACAUCGCGUUGAUUGCGAUGGCCAUCCAGAACGCGCCCGACAAGAAGAUUACCCUGAACGGCAUCUAUCAGUUCAUCAUGGACCGUUUCCCGUACUAUCGCGAGAACAAGCAGGGCUGGCAGAAUUCCAUCCGACACAACCUUAGCCUGAACGAAUGCUUCGUAAAAGUGCCACGGGACGAUAAAAAACCCGGUAAGGGGAGUUACUGGUCCCUAGAUCCGGAUAGCUAUAACAUGUUUGACAAUGGUUCUUACCUGAGACGCCGCAGACGUUUCAAGAAGAAGGACGCGCUGAAGGAGAAGGAGGAGGCGCUGAAACGGCAGGGAAUCCUACCGGAGAAACGUCAGGAAGACGUCAAGUCCGGCAGCAGUCAGGUUACGUUGCCGCCGCCAUCGGACACUCCGACGAAAAAGCUGAGCGCUUUGGAGGCUGCCACCGUCCUGUGUAAGCCCAAGCGAGAACCGGUCAACGAUAACCAUUGCAUGGCGGCGGCGGCGGCUGCAGCCGCGGUGGUUCAAGCUAGCAAAUACGGCCUGCACAGCCCGAUACAAGAGGACAAGACGACGACGGCGACGGUCGCACCCGGUCAGAGCGUCAUCCAAACCGCCCUGGGUCAUCAGGUGCAUCAGGCGCAUCAGGUGCACCAGGAGUCGAUCCAAGACGUGUCGAUGGCCGGCCUGGAUCCAACCAGUUUCAGCGUCGACGCGCUGAUGACGACGCGGGAGAACAGCGCGAUGAUGACGCGCGACAACCAGCACCACUCGCACCAUCCGCACGGGCUCCAGCAUCCGCACUCGAUCAUGAGCAGCAGGGAGUCCAUGGGCACCGGCAGCAGGGACCUAUCGUCCACAGGCACUACCACGACUACCACGACGGCCGCGGUAGCGGCGAUGAUGGCCACCACCGGCUACGGGCACACCAGCACCGUUUCCAGGGGCAACGCCUCACCGCCCGGCACCAUGUACACGCCGUACUGCGCACCGGCGGCCGCCGGAUACGCCAUCAUGGACCACGAGUACAACACGGCGCGGAAUCACGCGAGCAACGCCGUGGGCCACUCGCAGUGGUAUCAGGACGCCAGUCCCGAUACCGCGAUCUAUCAGGACACCCAAUCCCCGAGCUGUCAGCUUUACAGGUCCAGCCCGCCGACGCCGCUUUCGACAAGCGCGUCCCCGCCGCUAUACCACAGAUAUUACCAAGACUGUAACGCCGUCAACACCAGUGGCAAUCUACCGAUAACGUUGCAGAAGUACUGAGAAUAUCGGAAUUCAAGGUCCCAUCAGCGGAGCCUUGAAGAGCACCACGGCGAUCACUAUGAUCCAGGCUUGAUUUACGUGAAGCAAGAGUGGAUACCCACGACGGACGAGCUCGCCAAGGAAUGGAACUAGACGGGUCGUAACGAGCUCUGGUAAAAAUCUAGUUUCCCGUAUCGGGUCGAACCCUCGUGUCACACAGAAUCAUCCGUACAUAGGCGAUUAACUAAUGCGACAAUUAACGUAAUGAAUCACGAAUGUCUGCCAAGGGCGUCGUUAAUCGACGAGCAGCCCUCGGGCUAACUUCUAAUUUCUGCCGAAAUCUCUUUGUGGGGGUAUACAUCAAACGGACCCACGGUACCGAUCUUCUUCAUUAUUCUGCAUUAUAUGUAAUAUUUGUAACCGUCUAUUAAAUUUAUAUUCGUGAAAAACAUUUGUUAAACAGCAGAUUUUUUGUAAGCGUUAAAAAAUUGAGAUGUCCGAUUAAAUUAGAUUCGCAAUGAAAAAGGUUAAAAAAUUUCGAAGACUAUGUAAAACCAGAAUAAUUAAAAUCCAUAGAUUCCAGCGCGAUGUAUAAUGUAUAU